AUGGAAUCGGAUCAACGUCUCAAAGCGUAUCGCUUUGUAGCCUACUCGGCUGUCAGCUUUUCGGUGGUAGCUGUACUUUCCAUCUGUAUCACACUACCGAUGGUGUACAACUACGUUAGCAAUGUGAAACAGACGGUAAAGAGCGAGAUCCGUUUAUGCAAGAGAUCUGCUAGCGAUAUCUGGGGCGAGGUGACUCACAUCAAGAACAUCCCUACCGCAAACAGAACCGCACGUCAGACAUAUGGCGAGGAAGGAGUCGGUGGAAACACCAACUAUGGAAACAAUGGUGGAAAUAAUGGCGGAAACAAUGGCGGAAACGGUGGGUCGUGCAGUGGAUGCUGCCUACCUGGACCAGCCGGAGGAGCAGGAGCACCAGGACGUCCAGGAAAGCCCGGAAGACCAGGUGCACCUGGUAUGCCAGGAAACCCAGGAAAACCGGGCGGAUCAAUGUGCGAUCCGAUAACUCCACCGCCAUGCAAGCCAUGCGCACCUGGACCUCCUGGACCACCCGGACCUCAAGGACCACCUGGAGAAGCUGGAUACGACGGUGCCCCAGGAAACCCAGGAUACGGAUCGUCCGCUGGAGCACCUGGACCAAAGGGACCACCAGGACCCGAUGGACAACCUGGAUACCCAGGACCAGCUGGAGAGCCAGGACAGCCUGCUUACAGUUCUCCUCCUUCCCCUGGAGAGCCUGGACCACAAGGACCAGCCGGACCUCAGGGACCACCCGGAUCGGAUGGACAACCCGGAUACGGCGGAGGCCAAGGACCACCCGGACCAAAAGGACCACCUGGACCAAACGGACAGCCUGGACCCGAUGGAAAUCCAGGAUAUCCAGGACCACCCGGCCAAUCCGGUGGAUCCGGAGAGCCCGGCAUCUGCCCCAAGUACUGUGCUAUCGACGGAGGUAUCUUCUUCGCAGAUGGAACCCGACGCCGCUAA